GACGAGCUGGUGGCCAAGAUCGGCAAGCCCAAGCUCGAAGUGUCGGUUGACACCGAAGAAGAAGAGAAGCUGGGCGCCCAGAUCAAGGCCAUCGUCAACGGCCGGGUCACCGAAAUCCUGGAACAGAACGCCUUCAAGUCGGAACGGGACGAGGGACUGGACCGGAUCGAGGAGGAGGUUUCCGAGCAGUUGGCCGAGGAAUACGGGCGCAACCGCAUUGCCGAGGGGUUCAAGACCGUGGUCAAGGGCGAAGUGCGGCGACGCAUCCUGGACCUGGGAGUACGACCCGACGGCCGCAACCUGUCAGAAAUCCGGCCCAUCACCUGCGAGGUGGGAACCCUGCCCCGCACCCACGGCUCGGGCCUGUUCACCCGCGGCCAGACCCAGGUACUGUCGGUGGCAACCCUGGGCCCGCUUAACAUGAAGCAGACCCUGGACUCCCUGUCGCCGGUCAAUACCAAGCAUUUCAUGCAUCACUACAACUUCCCUCCCUACUCGGUGGGUGAAGCUCGGCGCGUGGGUUCCCCGGGCCGGCGGGAGAUUGGACACGGAGCGCUGGCGGAACGGGCGAUUCUCUCCGCACUGCCCGCAGAAGGCGAGUUCCCCUAUACCAUUCGGGUGGUGUCCGAGGUACUAAGCUCGAACGGCAGCACCUCCAUGGGCAGCGUGUGCGGCACCAGCAUGGCCCUGAUGGACGCCGGAGUGCCGAUGAAGGCGCCGGUGGCCGGGAUAGCCAUGGGCCUGGUUACCGACAACGACGGCCGUCAUGCCGUCCUGAGCGACAUCCAGGGCAUUGAAGACUUCCUGGGAGACAUGGACUUCAAGGUGGCAGGCACGGCAGCGGGCAUCAACGCGCUGCAGAUGGAUAUCAAGCUGAAGGGGCUGGACGAGGAUAUCCUCCGGCAGGCCCUGGAGCAGGCCCGGCUGGGUCGCCUGCAUAUCCUGGACAAGAUGUCCGAGGCCAUCACCGAAACCCGUACCGAGAUGAGCCCCUACGCUCCCAAGAGCAUCCGGGUCCAGAUUCCGGUGGAGAAGAUCGGCGCGGUCAUCGGCCCAGGCGGCCGGGUCAUCCGCGGCAUCAUUGAGGAGACCGGAGCAUCCAUUGACGUGGCCGACGACGGCGGCGUAACCAUCAGUUCCUCCGACCAGGCCAUGCUCGAUCUGGCCCGCAGCAAGAUUGAGGGGCUGACCCGCGAGCUGGUGGUGGGCGACAUCCUGACCGGCAAGGUCAACCGGCUGACCAACUUUGGCGCCUUUGUGGAGUUGAUCCCGGGCAAGGACGGCCUGGUGCGCAACGAGGACCUGGGCGAAAUGGAAGAGGAACUCAAGGUCGGCCAGGAAAUCACGGUAAUGGUCCAGGAGAUAGACUCGAUGGGUCGGGUCAACGUCUCCCGCCGCGCCCUGUUCGGCGACGACGGCGUAGAGCGGCCUCCCAGGCCCCCUCGGCCUCCACAGGACCGGGGUGGUGAUCGUCCCCGCAGCGGCGGCGGCGGUGGCUUCGGCAACCGCGGCGGUGGGCCCGGUGGCAACCGUGGCGGCGGUGGGCCCGGCAGCAGUCGUGGCGGUCCGGGUGGCGGCGGCCAGGGUGGUGGCGGCAACCGCGGCGGUGGCGGCGGUGGACCCCGGGGCGGCCAGGGCGGCGGCGGCAACCGCAGCGGCGGUAGCAGCGUGCCUGACCGGCGCUUCCUGGGCAGCAGCGGAGGAAGGCGCGGCACUUAG